GUUGAGUAAUGUCGCCACCUUGUGGAAAGACACCGCGUAGUCAUUGAGCGAGGAGACGAGGAAAUCUCGCGUUAUGAGGCGUUCGACAUGUCUGAGUCUUCGCUGGAGGAGGUUGCUGUGUUGUCUGCGAUAUACUGUAGGGACGGGGAAUGUGAAGUACUCUCCAGUUCAGUAAAUGGAAUAACAGUAAUGAUUCAGACAAGCGUGCAACGGAUAACAGGAUCAGAAAUUCAUCUAAAGCUUAUUUUUGACCUGCCAGUUGAAUAUCCAUCCAGUCUGCCCAAUAUUUCUGUCAGCUCUGAAGAACUUAGCAGAGCUCAGUGUAAAGACUUGAGGGACAAAUUGGUUGAACAAGCCAAGCAGCAUAUAUUGGAACCUAUGAUACAUGACUUGGUCGUGUGGACACAACAGAAUCUAAACAACCUCAUUGUGCAACCCGAACCAUCGAUCUUGGAGGGACAGUUCCCUCUCUCAUUAGACACAAUAACGGAAGAGGUGACAUGGACAAUUCUUUUGCGUUUAGAUCACAUGAGGGCUAAGAGCAAAUAUGUCAAAACUGUGGAAAAAUGGACAAAUGACUUGAAGUUGUGCGGAAGACUAAUGUUCUUGGGCAAGAUAAUACUGAUUCUUCUUCAAGGGGACAAACAAAGCACCAGGGAUUAUUUAGUGCUCCAGAAAACCUGUAAAGUAGAUGUGGACUCAAGUGGAAAGAAAUGCAAAGAGAAAAUGAUCAGUGUUCUGUGUGAAACCAUAUUACCACCGAAGCAGAAAAGAUUUGCUACAUUUGAAGUUAAAGAAUAUUCAUCAGGACAUUUGGAAUGGGAAAGUGAAGCGGUGAAUUUGUUCCAGAGCUUGCUGUCUGCCUUGGCUGCCUUCUUAAGGGCGCAAUUAGCUGCAUAGUGAUACUUAGCGUUCCCAGAUGCAUUGCACCACGAAUCUUCGGCUCUGAUCUUGGAUUAUGUAUUUGGAUAUGGACGAUCUUUCCCCUUCAGUACCUUGCUCAGCUGGACAGAUUUCAAGGCUUGACUCGUCAUGUGGUCAGACUUCAGUUCCUUCUAUUCCUUGUUGGCUCAGUUGCUUGGACAGACUUUUUUUUUUUUUUAAAAAAAAAACAGUUGCACACGUGGGGUCAAAUAAGAAAGAUUUUUGGCUUUAAAUCUGUAAAUUUUUUCAAUGUGCUUUGAUUUUGAUGUCAUCCUUCUACUGGAAUUACAAGCAGAAACAAACUUUUUUAUCUGGUACAGUUUUGCAAAAAAAACACACACAUCAUUAUUAUGGGCCCCUUACCUUCCACAUCAAUGAAUUGGAGACCUCCACUGUCUGUUUAAGAAGCUGUACAGGGUAAUUAGCAACAUGGGAGCCAUUUUUUAUGAACAAUAGUUGUAACAUAAUGGAAAUGAACUCCCCUAACAAAGUAGGGCAAUGCUAUAACUUCAAAGUAAUUUCACCUUCCCUUUGACCCCAAUGCAUUAGGCAAAAUGUAGGUUUUCAGUAGUCCAUUUACAUCUCUUUAUGGGCCACACAAAAUUCUCCACCAGACAGUACAUUUUAAAAGACAGGUUAAUUUAUCUUUUAAAAAUUUUUUUAAAAAAAAUUGUCUUUUGUUGUUUGGAUUGGAUUAUUACACUUUAAAUAUAAGCAAUGGUAAUAGCAAUGGGAAAGGCAUUUAUAAAAAAAACUAGUAUUUUGGCUGUCUGUGUCAAUUUUUAAUUAAAGGAAAGUUGCUUUAUUUUUAUGUUCUUUCAUUAUGCCAAAAUGUUUUUGGAUGGCGUUUCCCUUAAAAUGUCAUUUUAAAGUGAACUUCCCUUUUUUAAAAAAAAAAAAAAAAAAAAGAAAUCUAAAAUAAUUGUUCUCAAUGUCACAAUAUCUUCCUAAUAGAAGGUUCUGUUUAACUAGCCCAUAGCGGAGUAUGCAAUGCAUAUAGAGGAACAAAUAUCUAACAUUUUACUAUUUUUUUCCUAUGACAAUUCAAGAAAAACAUUUUUGUAUGUGUUUGUAACAGUUCACAAAUUAUUUUUCAGUAUUGCAAGUUCUCUUGUAAUUUAUUCAAACGUAUUUCAUAUUUUCAGUUUGUCUGGGGGGUUGCCUGCCCUGAAGGGUUAAAAGAAAUCAUUGCAACCUAUGCAACAUAGAAUCUAGUUUUUCAGCAUUCUCUAAAAAUUUUGAUUGAAAAACAAAAAUGUUUUUAUAAAGGAGUAAUGUCUUUAAACUGGCUUGUUAUUAGAAUGUUUCCCAUGGGAGAAAACAUGUUUACUCUUAUUUUUCUUGAUUGUAAUUGAUUGUAAAUAAUUAUAAAUUGCCCCAAUAAACAAUUUCCCCUCAGAAAACGGGGUUGUGACCAAGAAUUGAAAAGGAUAUUUACAAAUGUAAGUAAACCUGCUCCUACAUCUAAGUAAAGACAAUUUGGAUAUGCUUUAUUCUUCUGCUCCUCUUGUGUUGUACAUAAUGGUGCCAUUUUAUACAUUUUGACAUUUCCAUGAUUGUGCUUCCUCAUAACUCUUCCUUGUCUAUUCUUUUUAUUGGCAUUUUCUUAAUUUCACUGAAAUGUGCUGUUCCAUCUUCAGAAGUAUCCUGCUCCGAACUAUAGACAAUAAAACUUUAAAUCAGUUAUAUAAAAGGAAGGAACUCUUAGUGUACUCCAGAGAGAAGCAUUCAUUUUCUUACAAGAAUGUUAAUGGGCAUUGCACAUCUGUGCACUUUCCCGUUCAACAGGAAAAUAAGGAAGUUUCCAUAGCUACAAACUCAUCUUUUAGAACCUAUACUACCUGUGACAUACAGAGCUUUUUGUUUGAAACCUUAUCUGUCUCCAUAUGUGCUAUAAAAUAUAAAUGUAUUCAUGACAAUAAUAAACUCAAUUGUUUUUGUUUCCAUCUACCUAGAUUUUUUUUAAAGUUAAUUUGCCGAAAACUUUUUUGACUACAUUUAAUGGCUGCUACCAAUAACAUGCUGCAUGCCUUUUUUUUUGUUCUUUUUUUCUGUAUUAUAAUUUUUGUACUUUUCCCCUGAUGAAGACCUUUAUUGGUUGAAAUGCGUUGGGCCAAUAUUUUAAUUGUUACAUGGAAUAAAAUUUACUUAAAUUUU